CCCACGCCCCAAAAAACUUUUCUGCCAUUCUCGUAGAUCCUUCUCUUGGAUUCGCUCCUAGCAUGGGCAAGUUUGACUAUAGAUUUCCUGCCUGAUUCAAAUGAGAAAAACCAUCAUUUAUACGACGAGUGAUUAAUCAUGAACAAUGAUUACAAAUUUAUAAUUCAUCACUUUUCUUCACUCUUCCAGUUUUUCUCCAAAGGACGAUAUGGAAGCUCAUGAAGAUUGAUCGAUUUGAUUCUCGCGCGUUCAAUUUUCCCGUCUUAAAGUAAGAUUUCAUGAAGGAACCCGAGAUUUCUAGUCAUUCCUCUAUGAAUUUGCUUAAAGAUGUUGGCGAUCCUGCGAAGAGCUCCAAUUUGACGAACAGACAGAACUUGGAUAUGACUUCCAUUGGUAACGGUUUGAAAGGGAAUGAGGGUUUCAGCAGCCUGGCCGAGCAGAAGACCAUGGACCCAGUAUUGCGUGCGAAGGCACAGCAGAGCGAAAUUCGUAGUCUCCGGGAGCAAAUUGCUCUUGCCAGUGUCAGGGAAUCUCAGCUUUUGAAUGAAAAAUAUAUACUUGAGAAGAAAUUUUCAGAACUACGACUGGCCUUAGAUGAGAAACAAAGUGAAGCUAUAGCUUCUGCCUCAAAUGAACUGGCUCGGAGAAAGGGUGAUCUUGAACAUAAUCUGAGAUUGAUAAAUGAGCUAAAGGAAAUGGAGGAUGAAAGAUAUGUUUUCAUGUCAUCUAUGCUUGGAUUACUGACAGAAUAUGGCAUUUUCCCCCGCAUUGCUAAUGCCUCUACUCUGACCCACCACAUCAAGCACGUGCAUGACGAAUUGAAGAUGAAGAUAAGAAUUGCACAUGCUAAAAUUGAAACAUUGAACUCUAUGGCAGCUAGCGGAUCACUGAAAGUUGGUUCUUUUGGUUUUAUCCCCAUGAAUAAUCAAGUUCCAGGCAGCUCUAUGAUUUUAAAUGAUCAAGGGAAUAUUGGCACACAAAUCAGCAGCUUAUCGCCCAAUCCCAAUUUGAAUAUUCCAAAUGACUCUGGCAACUUGUUUAGUGGAAAUGGGUUAAAUGUGAAUUAUGGGGAGAAGCCCAAUGAGCCCGAUCAAUUUCCAUGGGGCAACAAGCUGUCUAAUUCUAUGAGCACAGAAGGAAGAGGCCCUGGUAUAGAAGGCUUCCAAAUCAUUGGAGAUGCUACGCCAGGUGGUAGACUCCAAGGUUGUGGAUACCCUGUUCAAGGAACUUCUCUUUGUAUGUUUCAGUGGGUCCGCCAUAAUCCUGAUGGUACUAGGCAGUAUAUUGAAGGGGCCACAAAUCCUGAAUACGUUGUAACUGCUGAUGAUGUUGAUAAAUUCAUAUCUGUUGAGUGCAUACCUAUGGAUGAGCAAGGAAAUCAGGGAGAGCUUGUGAGACUUUUUGCUAAUGAUCAAAAUAAAAUAACUUGUGAUCAUGGCAUGCAAUGGGACAUUGAUGCUAAUGUCUCUAAUGGCAAAGCCGCAUUUGAUGUUUUAAUGCUGGUUGAUUCUUCUGAGAAUUGGGAACCAGCUACUUUCUUUUUGAGUCAAUCAAGCUUCCAGGUCCAGUUACAUAGAUCACAAGCUGUUGUACUUGCAGAGAAGUUCUCAAAAGAUUUGUCAGUGAAAAUCCCUAGCGGGCUAUCAUCUCAGUUCAUUAUAUCAUGUCCUAAUGGGUCGUCACACCCCUUUAGCACAACAAACAAUGAUGUCAGAAUGCGUGAUACACUAGUGUUGACAAUGAGAAUCUUCCAAAACAAGGCAUUGGACGAGAGGAGGAAGGCCAAAGCAUAAUCCAUUUGAUUCUUCAAACAGUUGCAUCUUUUACUGCAAUUUUUCAUUUUUUGAAGAAAUCUCUAAAGGUCAGGACAAUAGGUACAUAGUCUUGGUCAAUAAGUUGAUUUCCACUUGCUUGUUGUAGCAAUAAAAUGUUGAAUCGUGCACCAUAUAAUUGUACCUACAGAUCCCAUCAUAUUUUCAUUUUUGUAUUCUUUAAGAGCACUCAAAUUCAUAUGUAAUAUGAGAUGAAAAAGAUUCAUAUGUAACAAGGCAGUGUAUCGAAAUCCUCAUUAAAAUUGAACGAGAAAG